CGAUCGAUAUGUGAACUCUCACAGCAGACCCGGGAUUGCUAGAUAACGGUGGUGUCGGAGUGGCGAGAGAGACCGCCAUGGAAUCAGUGUUUGUGUACGUGUCGGAGGCACCCUAGAUCUUUUUCUUCACACAGGCAGCCUAACUAAUAAUUACGACCAAGGAUAUUGAGCCAUGGAAGGACAGACGACAGAAAAGCACCACAUUGACACGUGUUUCUGAGGCAGUGCAGAAUGUGCACGACUAUGUUUCAAUACAUCCUUGCAGUUGUGCUAUCGAUUGCGUGUUGUCUAUAACAAGCUUUGGCGGGGCUUCCUUGCCUUCUAUCGACCGUGUGUGCUUAUCCCUCGUUCGGAACAGCCACCCGAGAUUCCAAACUCCAGCAGAGAGCAUGCCGAUUAGCUUAAUUACAGCUUUUCUAGUCUAUGAUGCAAACUGUUAUCACAUGGAGGCGCCCACGUGAUGCUCAUCGAAAUCUUCACUAUGGAAACCCUUGCUUGUUUCUGAUUGGUAAUGCUCUGUGUUACAUCAUUUCCGGUCUGAUGCUUCUUGUGAUUGGCGUCAUUAUUACGUCACUAACGUUCCAGAACUUAGAACAUCAUGACAGUGAGACAAGCGAAAGGUAUGCUGGUCCCAUUCUAAUUGUAGUUGGAGUACUUGUACUAGCGAGAGGGGCUCUCAACCACAUCCGACCUGGAGAUUCGACCAACCCACAGAGACUCGUAAUUCGAAGCUACACCGGAGAAAUUUCAACCAGACCCAUAAUGGAGUACAGUAGUAACUCCAUGACGAUGUGCAGCGUCGUCAGUAUAGGCGAAAGCCAUGAAUAUCCCAGGUUAUCUAUAUAUAAUGACGAUCCACCUUCGUACGACGCAGUCGUGGAGACGACAGGCGACCCGGCGUGUAUUAGUGAGUCGACGACGACACGAGACGAGUCGACGCAGUCGCCAGACGAACAGCAGGAGUUACCUCCCUCUUACGAGGAGUGUUUUCAGGCUGCUGCAUCAACACCUGUCGACGUAACAUCAACGUCACAGGAAACGGAAGUAGUUAGUUUUAAAGACACGUGACCAACUGUUUCAUUGUCUUCCAUAAGUUGUCAUCAAAGUUCGUACGAAAAUGGGAUUUAUCACUUCACUUUAUCAGAUUUUGCAAGAGAUCGGCCUUUCUAAUACUAUGCAAAUCAGAAAGCAUUUCACCAGUCUCUUUUAUACUAGGUUGUAUGAUGAUAGUCAUACAUUCGUGCCAUUUUCACACCAUUUCUGAGACGCGAACGUAGGAACUGAUUUGAAUGGAUAAACUUGAUGUAUGACUUCACAGGUUUCAUCAUAUGAAAAAUGAUCAUCUUUCACAUACAGUCAAAUGUCGUGUAAUAUAAUCAGGUACGCCUUGUGUAAACCGAUAGCCUUUAUUGAUAUCAGUAAUGUCCCAAUUGUUUUCAUUUAAUCAUUUUUGUGUUGUGGGCAGGCUACGACAAUAGCGCAAUUUACGUUUUAGCACAGGGAUUAAGAAACACUAUGGAUAUGUAAAAAUGCUUCUGACGCUUGUGAAUUAGCGGAUAACAUGCCUGAAUUAGACACGUUUAAAUGGACUGUUUUAUGUGGGCUUUUCAUUUUCUCACAAGGGCAAAUGAAAUUAUGAACCUCGAAGUUUUUUCAACAACUUUUUAUAUUUCGUUUGUAUAAUGUAAAAUAAAUUGUGUUCUGUAAA